AGUACUUCCGUAGACCUUGGCGGGCUCCAGGAAUGCGUGGUAUCAACAUUGAUGUAGUCUGAUUUCUUUUUAAUUCCUCUACAAUCCAAUGAAGAUAAGAAAACUAUUUGUGUUACAUUAGAGCGAGAAUUGUAUCUAAAUUGGAUUGCGGAUCGAGACCCGGUGGUCCGAGCUUAUCGUAACUGCUAUCGAGUCUAGCGGGUCCAACAAGGCAACUUUGAAAGUAAUGUCAUUAAAAUCCACAACAUUGGUGAACAAACAUACAUUUAUUGCCUGAUUCAGGUUUUUAUUCCAAUUUAAUGGCCGGACAGCCGCCGUUGAUCUAAACCAAGAAGGGUUGAAUUGGUGGGUCAAUAGUUUGCUUGAUAGGAUGGCUGAACGCACAAAGUCGUCAAAGGCCUGGCUAUACUUCAGUAGAAAGAGAGGUGAGAAGGUUUCGAAAUGCCUUUUAUGCUCGAUGUACAUGUCUUGUAAGGGGGGCAACACGACGUCCAUGCUGAAGCACCUCAAAGUUGUGCAUGAUUUAAAAACAAACUGCGAGUGCCAAACUGACCCACUCUUGCUUCCGGUUCCGGACAAUCCUCCUCCAACCCAGCUCCCUCGUGAUGGUGUCAGAAGCUCAGGAAGAGGAUCUUCUGAGGAGAGACCUUCGCCUCAGGUGCCGGGUGUCGUCACGGAAACUCUGAGGAAGAAGUUUAAGAAGAAGCUGAAGACAAUCAUAGAUUCAUUGCUCAGGUCCACUGUGUCCGAGGUCACGAAUGCCUUUGACGUCUUCACAUUUGACCAUCAAAUGGUGGUGAAGCAGAAGAUAGAGGAAUGUUCCAUGCUGCGGUUAAAGCUAGAGCAGGCUGAGAACAAACUGAGAGAACAAAAUGGAACGUGGGGCAAAAUGGAAGACGAAACAUACACCGCCGGACCAAUCAUGCCCGAGUUAAACGUCGAUGAACCCGACGACUGGUGUGCUCCCCUGGGCUGUGAGAACGUAGUGGACCCGGGGCCCUCCACCAGUCACGGGCCCAGAGAGGACCGAAGCAGCUCUCUGUGCUCGUUGUCUGUGUCCCUGUGGCGCUUGCCAGUCAUCAAACAAGAGGUGGAGGAUGAUGGCUACCAGCUUGACGGACCUUUGAGUGGUGCAUUUUCAGAUGAAGGCCCACAAAAAAAUCUUGAACACACCGAGGAUCAAAAGAUGCCUUUGUCGACCACAAAACAAAGCCGCCCACGUAGCAGUCAGGCAACUAGAAGUCGAAACGGAUCAAUCAAGACGAAGACUGAACAGCCAAUGAAUGGCACAGAAAAGGUAAAGAUGGAGGUCCCAAACACAGAAAAGGCUAAAGGUAAGAAAAGAACCUUGCAAGCUAUUAAAUUGGAACCCGAGCCGAUGGAAGACAAAAGCGUGAACAAGAAGUACCGUUGCAAGUUCUGUGGCAAAUUCUUCGACACAGAGGUGGGCCGCAGUGUUCACCUGAGGAUCCAUAAGAAGUGUACCGGAUGCCAGAAGAUGUUCCGAUACCCAAGCCACCUUCAGUUACAUAAAAAGAAAUGUACAGGUGUCCAGGGAGAUACCGGUCUGGAUACCGCUCGGGAUACCGCUCGGGAUACCGCUCGGGAAACCGCUCGGGAAACCACUCGGCAAACCGCUCGGGAUACCGCUCGGGAAACCGCUCGGGAAACCGCUCGGCAAACCGCUCGGGAUACCGCUCGGGAUGCCGCUCGGGAUGCCGCUCGGGAUGCCGCUCGGCAAACCGCUCGGGAUGCCGCUCGGGAUGCCGCUCGGGAUGCCGCUCGGGAAGCCGCUCGGGAAGCCGCUCGGGAUACCGCUCGGGAUACCGCUCGGGUAACCAAGAAAAGCAUAUGCCUCAGAAAAAGACGGAGGAUUUCACCCGGAGAGGACCCAUCCAUUUUGCUCGUUAAAACCCAGGAAGCAAACAGGAAAAAGAGGGCUCAGAAACGCUCCAAAGUGAGCACUAGCCCUAGCACCAAAAGAGCCAAGUCGUUUCUCUGUACAAACUGUCACAAGAGCUUUUGUUCGAUUGUAUGGCUGAAAAACCACCUUUCAAAACAUUUACCUUGCCCCAAAUGCAAGCAGAUAUUCUGCUCGAGAUACUUUCUAAAAACACACAUUUACAAAGAUCACCCCAAAAAGCCUGAUAAAACGUUGGAGCCUUCUGAGGCUGUUCAUAGGGAAUUGGCUGCCAUUUCAUCCAAGGAAAAACUUAGUGAAUUGGGUGCUGUUUCAUCCAAGACAACAGGUAGUGAAUUGGGCACUGUUUCAUCCAAGACAACAGGUAGUGAAUUGGGUGCUGUUUCAUCCAAGGAAAAGCAUAGUGAAUUGGGCGCUGUUUCAUCCAAGACAACAGUUAGUGAAUUGGGUGCUGUUUCAUCCAAGAUAAAGGGUAGUGAAUUGGGUGCUGUUUCAUCCAAGUUAAAACAUAGUGAGCUGGAUGCAGUUUCAUCCAAGUUAAAACAUAGUGAGUUGGCGGCUAUUUCAUCUAAAGAAAAACGUGAAUUGGGUGCCGUUUCAUCCAAAGAAAGAUCUAGGGAGUUGGGUGCCAUUUCAUCCAAGACCAAAUGUAGUGAAUUGGGGGCUUUCCCAUCCAAGCCAAAACAUACUGAAUUGGGUUCGGUUUCAUCCAAAGAAAAACAAAGUGAAUUGGGGGCCAUUUCUUCCAAGGUAAAUCAUAUUGAAUUGGGUGCGGUUUCAUCCGAGGUAAAACAUAUUGAGUUGGGCGCGGUUUCAUCCGAGGUAAAACAUAUUGAGUUGGGUGCGGUUUCAUCCGAGGUAAAACAUAUUGAGUUGGGUGCGGUUUCAUCCGAGGUAAAACGGGAAGUGGAUGCUGUUCCAUCCAAAGAAAGAUCUAGGGAGAUGGGUGCCGUUUCGUCCAAGACGGAAGGUACUGAAUUGGGUGCUUUUUCAUCCAAGGAAAGUUUGGGUGCCGUUUCACCCAAGGAAAAACAAUGUUGUGAAGAUGACAGUAAAAAUCUGUUUGGGUAGUGGUACUGUGUUAGUGGAGGGCAUACAGUAGUAGUUAUGAGUUUUUUGUCUACCGAGUUAAAUCCUCUGCCUGGGUAUCCACUGUGGUACUUCAGACGACUUAUUCUAAAUUAUAAGCACCAAUCCUCUAUGGUUCUUUUGACGCUAUAGUUUCAGAAACCCACAAAGAAAAGUGGUUUUUGGAUUUGGAUGAUAAUGUUAAACAAAUGUAUGCUAAAUUAUCACCAUAUGUCCAUUUUAAUUUUAUGAGCACCCUGGGGUUUAAUUACGUUCAAUUAAAAUGCAAAGAGAAUCUGAGGAAGGUUUUCUUGAGUUUAUAAACGUGUUUAUAAGACUUAACUUGACAACAUUUCUUAGAAUCAACGUUCCUAAAUUUCCUCACAUUUUGAGUAUAAUGAAUGCUUUUUAGAUGUUUUUGUUUUUAUUAAUACAAUUGUGAUUGAAUGCUGUUUUUGAACAAGAGCUUUCUCUGUCUUUCUCUGCCUUUUCUCGUUCUAUAGUUUAUUCUAUAGCAGUGGGUUCUAAGUAUCCAUCCGAAAAUGUAAAAGAAAGUAUUAUUCCAAAAUGUUCCUUUUUUUUAAUUCUUUCUUUUUCUCCGUAUGCUUUAUUAAAGUGAUUUUACUUCCUUCAUGUAUUUUUCUUUUUCAUCAAUUAUAUUAGCCAGGGACCUAUAAUUCCAUACAAAUUAAAAGUUUUAAAUUUAA